AUGAAUGGCAUUAUCCAUAACUGCACGCACAAGGACUCUGACGAUGUGCAGUUCCGACUGAGCGAAGAGGAGAUGUUCAUCGCUAUAUUCAACUAUAUUGAGCAUCUAUUUGGUAAAAUCAAACCCAAAAAGCUCUUCUUCAUGGCCAUUGACGGUGUCGCCCCUCGCGCCAAGAUGAACCAGCAGCGUGCCCGCCGUUUCCGGACGGCGCUGGACGCCGAGCGGGCCAGAGACAAGGCCAUUCGCGAGGGCAAGGAGCUGCCGAAAGAGGAGCCUUUUGACAGUAACUGUAUCACACCAGGUACCGAGUUCAUGGCCAAACUUUCGCUCCAGCUGAAGUACUUCAUCAACAAGAAGGUGUCAGAAGAUAGGGAGUGGCAGCAGCCUGAGAUUGUCCUCUCGGGCCACGAAGUCCCCGGCGAGGGUGAGCACAAGAUCAUGGAGUAUAUCCGGAAUGCGCGUGCUCAGCCCGAUUACAACCCGAACGUUCGCCACUGCUUGUACGGACUAGAUGCCGACUUGAUCAUGUUGGGACUGCUGAGCCACGAUCCCCACUUCUGCCUCCUUCGCGAGGAGGUUACCUUUGGUCGCCAGAACAAGACGAAGUCGAAAGAGCUGGAGCAUCAAAACUUUUACCUGAUGCAUCUUUGCAUAGUCCGAGAGUACCUGGAGCUGGAGUUUCAGGAUCUAAAGAAGGACGGGACCAUGUCGUUCCAGUUCGACAUGGAGAAGGUCAUUGAUGACUUUAUCCUCAUGGCCUUCUUUGUUGGAAACGAUUUCCUCCCCAAUCUACCACGGCUUCACAUCAACGAAGGUGCCCUGGCGACCAUGUUCAGAAUAUACAAACAAGUGCUUCCGCGCUGCGACGGCUAUAUCAACGAAGGGGGCAAAGUCAAUCUGCGGCGACUUGGCCUUCUCUUGAACGAGAUUGGCAAAGAGGAGUAUCGUUUUUUCGAACACGAGAACGAGGAUGCUGGCUGGCUUCGAGGCAAGAAGAUGCUUGACAAUGACGAGGCCGAGAAGUUGCGGGCGAAGUCAAAGGGAAAGCUCAUUGUCACUACAUCCCAAAAGGCUCUGUGGAAGCAAUUCCUCCGAAAGUUUCUCAUCGGUCGGAGUUCGCCGACGCUCGACCUGGGCACUCAACUGAAGGCCGAGGAUCGCAAAUUCGUCCAGGAUCUUGCGGAUGCUGCACACAUUUCGUGGGCCACCAAAGAGGAUGACGAGGGCCACCGGCAUCUGUUCCUUUCUCUGCCAGAGACGCAAGAUGAAGAUGACGAGGACGAAGAGGCGCAAUCUGCGGUUCUCCGGAUCGCGAAGAAAUAUGACAAUGCCCAGGUUCUUGAUCUCACGUCGGCCGAUGCGCAAGCGGCAAUGGAGUCAAAGUACCACCAGAAAUUCUUAGAGUGGAAGGACAAGUACUACUUCGACAAGUUUGAGGACUGGACGCCCGAGAACAAAGAAGAGGAGCUGCGCAAGCUGACGGAAAACUACAUCCAGGGCCUCCAAUGGGUACUCUACUACUACUACCGUGGUAUUGCCUCGUGGCCUUGGUUUUACCGGUAUCACUACUCCCCUAUGAUCUCGGACAUCAUGAAAGGUCUAAAUGCGGACCUCGACUUCAAGCUGGGACAGCCCUUCAAACCGAAUGAGCAGCUCAUGGGCGUCCUGCCAGAUCGCAGCAAGAAGAUCGUACCCACCGUAUACUGGGAUCUCAUGACGGACCCAAAGUCCCCAAUCAUUGAUUUCUAUCCUAGAGACUUCGAGCUUGACAUGAACGGUAAGAAGAUGGAGUGGGAGGCUGUCGUCAAGAUUCCCUUCAUCGACGAGAAGCGACUGUUGUCGGCUAUGGGUCCCAAGAACGAGCUUCUUUCCGACGACCAAAAGACAAGAAACGACUUUGGCGUCGCUCUCAAAUUCACUUACUCUGAUGAAAUGGAUUACUUGUAUCCAUCAUCACUCGUCGACGUCUUUCCCCCAAUUCCUCAUUGCCAUUGCGUGGAGAAUAUCUUUGAGCUGCCUCCGGUUGAAGGGCUGCAGUACCGGUCUGGCCUCACUGAUGGCGCGUUGCUCAGCGUCUCGGCCUUGGCAGGGUUUCCCACAUUGGCCACUCUGCCAUACACUGCGACUCUUGGCUACCACGGAGUUAACGUUUUCCAGCAGGACAGCCGCAAUGAGAGCAUGGUAGUUAAUCUGCUUGGCACGGAGACGCGUACAAAGGUCGGGCUGGCGAAAACAAAACUUGGCCAACGCUGCUUUGUUGGCUAUCCAUUCUUGCAAGAGGCCAAGAUCGUGCGAGUGUCUGACGAGCUCUUCGACUAUGUUCUGGCAGAAGACGGCAGCGGGCAAGUCGUCCAGGUACACCACUCCCACAGAGACAUUGAAGAGUGGUCGAAGAAAGCAGACAAGAUCGAGAACUUCUACAGCAAGCGGUUGGGUAUCUUGAUCAGCCAGGUUGAAUCCUUGGUUCACGUCCAGAUGCUCAAAGGGCUGGUGAAAACAGACGAGGGCGCUACGGUAAAGGAAUACGGUGAGAUUCCCGGGAUGGAAACGGACUACGCCUCUCAAAUCAUUGUCGAUGAAGUCGUCAACGAGGACGAACGCUUCAUUGAACAGGCUGCACUGCCCCUGGAGCAAGAAUUUCCCAUCGAGUCUACGGGUUUCUUCUUGGGUGAUUUCAAUUACGGCCAACCCCUUGAGGUUUCGGGCUAUACCGAUAAUGGAAAGCUUUCAAUCUGGCUGGCCAUCUCGCCACGCGAACCCGAGUUCGCACGCCGAAUCAUCCAGAACUCGCAGAGGGGCAAUCACUACACCCCAUCCUACAUGGUCGCCAAGCAGCUGGAUUUGCAUCCUCUCACGCUCAGCAAGAUUACCUCAUCGUAUUUUGUUCGGACAGUUGGCGACCUCCGAGUCAAUCUCGGCCUCAACCUCAAAUUUGAAGCGAGAAAGCAAAAGGUCCUGGGCUACUCUCGCAAGUCGGCAACCGGCUGGGAGUUUAGCAUUGCUGCGGUACGCCUGAUUAUCGAUUACAUGACUAAAUUUCCCGACUUCUUUGCAGGCGUGAAGAAGAACCCCUCAGGGAACGAAUUGAGCGAAAAGGAUCUCUGGUCAGACCCCGCAGUCGCUUCAACCAGGGUCAAAGAGAUUGGCGCGUGGCUCAAAUCGCUGAAGACUAGCUCGAUGGACCGAGUGCCGCUUGAUGCAGAACAGCUGGACUCUGAUGUAGUCAUGCAACUCGCCUCAGAGGCAGACAAGCUGAAGCUCAGCGAGGUUCAGCACAAGCCAACCAAGAUGAACAGCGUGCCUCGUAACGCACUCAUGAGGCCGGAGGAUGCUGAGCAUCGACUCGGAAACCAGAACUUCAGCUUAGGAGAUCGUGUCAUCUACGUGGCCCGGACAGGCAAGGUUCCCAUUGCCUAUCGAGGCACCGUAGUCGGUAUCAGCCGCACCCCCACUGCAAAGCUGCUGGACAUUGUCUUUGACGUCACCUUCAUGAGCGGUACUACCCUCGGUGACCGUUGCCCGCCCUUCCGCGGCCAGACAGUGCCCGCCACUGUCCUGCUCAACCUCACUGACAGACAGGUUGUUGCUGGAUCCAAGGCAACCUUGACGAGGCAGCCCGUCAGCCCGUCAGUUACCACGCUUACGGCCCACGGUGGCUACGGUGGCUACGGCACACCUAACGGACGUCACAUUCGCGAUGCUCCAGCCCCGGCUCCUCUUCAUGGGACCUGGCGUGGCGCACUCAACGGGAGCGGUAACCGUGGCCGAGGAAGCCCACAGUCACAACCUCAGCGAGGCAGUUUGAACAUUAUGCACAGCAGCUUGGUGUACCGCCCGAACCCCAAUCAGCCUCAGCAGCAGCAACAGCAGCAGCCGCAGCUGAACAGCCAGGGUCAUGGGCAGAUGAAUGGUGGACAAGGUGGCCGCGGUCGAGGUGGAGGUGCUCACAGCCGCGGACGCGGCGGGUUUACCCAGCCCUCGGUCACUGCCGAUCCCGGCACCAGCAUUGCCGGGCCUCAGCAGCCCGUGGCUCCUGCUGCCUAUUCGGCAGUUCCGCCACCGUCAAAUCUUGACGCGGCUAGGGGCCGUGGCCGAGGACGAGGUCGCGCGCGCGGUGAAGGCCGCGGCCGAGGCGGCGGCGGACGUGUUAGAGGAGGCGCGGCUAAUGCCGCCGCGCCUCAACAGGUGCCGGCUCCUCAAAGCUAG